AUGGAGGACGAAUUGAAAUGUUUAUUUUGCAAAGAAUUUUUUACAGAACCGAUACUUCUCAAUUGUGCUCAUAGUUACUGCCGUCGAUGUGUAGUACAAUGUCAGCAACCUGUUUGUCAUAAUGCUCCGACUACAUCAACGCCACAUUCUCAUGGUAAUAUGACAUCCGGAACGGCACAAUUUACGCAUAUUCAUAAUACCACACCAUUAUCACUACCCUCAAGCAGCGGAGCUAGUGAUACAAUUUCGUUGUGCACUUCUGAUCAGGAUAUUGAAAGCGACAAACUGUCGGUUAUAUCAGAAACCGAUAGUGGAGUGGUUGUUUCCAGUAGGAGUUCUCGACCUUCGUCAUUAAUCGGUUCAACAGCUGCACAUCCUUCACCUUCCAAUUGUCUCGGUGGACAUCGUCUACCAUCUAUUUUAACACCAUCCACUUCAGGAUGGAUUGUUACCUGUAAGGCUUGCCAUAAACCGACAGUUUUUCCGGAUGAACAAACUGUUAUGCUAAUGCCUAUUAAUAAGGCUCUUGUUAAUGUUAUUAAAAGAUAUCAUUCAGGUAAUUUACCAGUCCGAGAUAAAAGCGGUACUGGUGAACAGACAUAUAACUGCCAGCUAUGUGAUAGCGAAGAACCAGAGAUAGCUAAUGUUUUCUGUGAACAAUGUGAUAUUUACUAUUGUCAAUCAUGCCAAAAUUCGUUACAUCCAUCUCGUGGACCUUUAGCAUCACAUAAAUUAGUAUUACCAUCUGCAAGACGAUCAUAUCGGGCAACAAUCAGUUUACCAAAAGAUUCUAAAUGUUCAAAUCAUCCAUGUGAAAGCCUUUCAAUGUAUUGUAUGAUUUGCCGAUUAGCCAUAUGUUCUCAAUGCUUACAAGAAACGAAACAUUCCAAUCAUGAUGUACAAAGUCUUGAUAAAAUUUGCAAAACACAAAAGGCAGAAUUAUCACAAAUUCUGCAACUUUUAAGUGAAAAAGCAAAACAUGCAACGGAAGAUAUAACUCGACUCAAACAACUUAACGAUGCUAUUUCUGUAAAUUGUUUCGAUUUUCAACAUCGUUUAACAGUACAAAUUGAUUCAUUAAUUGAACAAUUACAACAAAGAAAGGAAAAACUGUUGCAAUAUGUAGAAGAAGAAAAAGAAUUUAAGAGACGAAUAUUCAAAGAGCAAAUUGGACGUUGUACGACGAAAUUAUCAAAGACAACUGCUCUCAUACAAUUCUGUAUUGAAGUUCUCAAAGAACCUGAUCCGGCAACUUAUUUACAAGUAAGCAGCGCGUUGACCAAUCGUGCCACAACGCAGGAAUUCCUAUGGCAUAAAGAAAUGCAAACAACACCGGAAGCGGAUCCGGAUUUUAUACUAAAUUUAGAUGUGAACAACUUACAAUAUGCCAUACAGACAUUAGAUUUUGCUCAAUUAAAAGUACCAAAUGCGCCUUUAAUAGAAACAUUGGAAUGUGUUGCUGAAAAUAAUUCCGUAACAAUUGUUUGGAAAGCGCAAAAUGAUGAUUGUGCAAUUGAUGGUUAUAUCUUGGAAAUUGAUUCCGGUUCCGGAAAUGGAUUAUUCAAGGAAGUAUACUGUGGCAGAGAUACGAUAUGCACAAUUGAUGGCUUACAUUUUAAUACAGUUUAUAAUGCACGAGUUAAAGCAUUUAAUUCAGCUGGUGAAAGUUCAUACAGCGAUAUGAUAUGUCUUCAGACGGCUGCCGUAGCAUGGUUUCAAUUAAGCAAAUUAGCUUCACAAACUGAUUUAAUCAUAUCCAAUGAAUGUAUGUCAGUAACGGGAACAACAAUGGAAUAUAAAACAUUGUGCGGUUCCAUUGCCUUUUCCCGCGGAAUACAUUACUGGGAGGUAACGGUGGAACGUCAUAGAGGAAAUGCAGAUAUUGUAGUCGGUGUAGCACAAAAUGCUUUCAAUCGUCAUAUUAUGCUUGGCAAAGAUUUACACGGUUGGUCAAUGUACAUCGAUGGAGAACGUUCGUGGUACUUACAUAACGGUAUGCAUCAUAGUCGAAUUAUCGGUGGUAUCGGUGUCGGAUCCGUAAUUGGAGUACUACUGGAUUGUGAUAAGGGUACUCUUGCAUUCUUCGUUAACGAUACGCGACGUAAUUAUGAAGGACAAUUAGUUGCAUUUCGGAAUAUGCCACGUGGUUUACACUAUCCGGCAUUCAGUAUCAAUUGUGAUACAAUGAUAACGGUACAUACCGGUUUGGCUAUCCCGUCAAGCUCAGGAAGCAGUGAUUGCAGCGAUACAUGA